CACACAUCAGUAUUACCGCACUUCCCCAACCCCGCUACCCCCCAAGCCCACCAAAAAAAAGGUCCAUAUCCAUACAGCCCUUUUGGAUCUCAAUUCUCCGUAAAGAAAUCCUCCUCCUACACACUCCGUGUGAUUCACACUACAGCUAAGGACUAGGCAGAGUGCGGAAAUGGCCGGCGGAGGAGAUCACCACCACGUUGAUGGGGCCCACGGGCACGGCGGAGCGGGCGACUUUAGGACCAAAGUCUGGAGCAUGCCUGGUGGGCCUUACUGCCGCCCCAAGCACUGGAAGCGCAAUACUGCCAUCGCCAUGGCUGGCGUCUUCCUCCUUUGUAUCCCCAUCGCCAUGAUUUCGGUCGAGCUUGAGCAACGGCCGCAUAUGCCUGUUCGCCCAAUUCCAUCUCAGCUUUGGUGCAAGAACUUCGGGAAAAAGGACUACUAAAUUGAUGAAUUGUAAUAGUUUGAUAGUGAUGACUACAGUAUUGUGCUCUGAAGCCAGGAACAAGCUUGCUUUCUGUAAUAGACUCUGAAUUUCUGGGUAAUUCUUGGAUGUUUCUUGUUCUGAAAGAGUGGAUAUGACAUUCAGUAUGAUUGAUUGAAUAAGAAGAAUGACUCUGGGGUACUUUCUGUGUAUUUGGAGUUUUACUUGGUGAUAA